UUCAGAUCAAGUGAAGGACAGAGUUGCGCAACCACUGGUGAUGAUCUAGGAGCUGUCUCUAUCCAAAGACUGCGAGAAGCUAUCGUCUCUGCCGAAUGUAAGUUGAUGGAGGACAUCACUUUCACUGAUUACGAUGUGAGAGAUGGAGAAGAGUUCGACUUCAUCGUAGUAGGAGCAGGCUCAGCCGGGGCAGUGGUGGCCAACAGACUAUCGGAGAAUCCUGACUGGAGAGUGUUACUGCUAGAGGCUGGAGGGGAUCCUACAGUGACUACUGAAGUGCCUGGAUUUGUAGACACGCUUAUGAAAUCAGAAAUAGAUUGGGGUUAUCACACUGAGCCGGAACCAUUUAAUUGUCUGGGCAGUGUAAACAAAAGAUGCAUCUGUCCAAGGGGGAAGGUGCUUGGAGGUAGCAGUACAAUUAACUCCAUGUUUUACGUCCGGGGACACCCUAAAGAUUUUGAUGGGUGGGAAAACAUGGGUAACUCGGGGUGGAAUUAUGAGGAAAUGUUGCCUUACUUCAUUAAAUCUGAAGAUUUCAGGGCAGAAAGUGUUCUGAAAGAUGAUGAGGACAGUCUUUAUCAUGGUAGAGGAGGUUAUUUAAAAAUUGAUUCGUAUAAGGACAAUCUUACUCUUUUGAAUUAUUUGCUUUCAGAAGGUUAUGGAGAGUUAGGCUAUCAAACCUAUAGUGAUAUAAAUGCUCAACAUGAUGAGGGCAUCUUUAUGAUGCAAGGAACACUUGACAAUGGCAGAAGAUGCAGCACGGCAAAGGCUUUCCUACAUGAAUUCCAGGGAAGACCCAACCUUAAAAUUUCAAAACAUUCGAUGGUCCACAAGGUGCUAAUAAGUGACAAAAAUACUGCUCAUGGAGUUGAGCUAUUCAAGGCUGGGAGAUUAAUACGUGUUGAAGUGACGAAAGAAGUUAUUCUCUCAGGAGGGACUAUCAACACUCCACAGUUGUUGAUGCUUUCAGGUGUUGGACCCAAAGAACAUCUCAAACAGUUCAAUAUACGAGUUGUAAGCAAUUUAAGAGUGGGAUACAACUUGCAAGAUCACACAUCGAUGAAAGGGUUUUUAAUCAGUCUAGACAUUAAAAACCAAGGUUUAGAUAUUAAAGUUCCUCUAGAAGACCAUUUACAAAAUACCUUCGAAUUUUUAGUGAGAUCACGUGGACAGUAUACUGGUGUUAACACAUAUAAACUUGUUGCAUACACAAACAAAAAUUACACUUCUCAUCCUAACGUUCAAAUAUCUCAUUUAUAUUUUGUUGCAAAUUCAACAGAUGCUAUUCGUCGAACAUUUGGUAACAGAGGAUAUGAUGAUUAUAUUGUACGGACAUUGGAAAAAAUAAACUUAUACGCAUGUAUUCUUGUUAUGCAGAUACAUCAUUUGCAACCCAAAAGUAGAGGUAGAAUUUUGCUCAAAAGCACUAACCCAAAUGAUUAUCCUCUAAUAUAUCCCGGAUAUUUCUCUAACGAAGAAGAUAUUAUUGAAAAUCUCGAAGGAAUUGCUCUAGCUAAUGAAUUUGCCAACACGAAUAUAAUGAGAAGUUUUGGAGCUAAGGUUGAACGCAUUUCCAUUCCCGAAUGUAACGCCUUCAGGAUGCAGUCAGAGCUGUACUGGAGAUGUAUCCUCAAAUACAUGACUGUGACAAUCUACCAUCCUGUUGGUACCUGUCGGAUGGGACCUCAAGAGGAUGAAGACUCCGUUGUGGACCCAAGGCUACGCGUUAUUGGAGUCACUGGUCUCAGAGUAGUGGAUGCCUCCAUCAUGCCUACCAUCACGAGUGGAAAUACUAAUGCUCCUACUAUUGCCAUAGCUGAAAAAGCGUCAGAUAUGAUUAAGCAAGAUUGGGGAUUCUAUUAGAUGCGUCUUUACAUAACAGCUUUAAGUUUGCCUUGUCUUAUAUUAGCCUUGUAACCUGCUGAAAAAUAAAUGUCGUUCUUUGUAAA